AUGGUGCUCGAAAGCACUAUGGUGUGUGUGGACAACAGUGAAUACAUGCGUAAUGGAGACUUUCUGCCCACGAGACUCCAAGCUCAGCAGGAUGCAGUGAAUAUUGUUUGUCACUCGAAGACCCGCAGCAACCCCGAAAACAAUGUGGGACUCAUCACCAUGGCCAACAACUGUGAGGUACUGACCACCCUCACUCCAGACACGGGCAGAAUACUAUCGAAGCUUCACGCGGUUCAGCCCAUAGGAAACAUUAGCUUCUGCACAGGCAUCAGGGUGGCACACCUGGCUUUGAAGCACAGGCAAGGCAAAAACCACAAGAUGAGGAUUAUUGCUUUUGUUGGCAGUCCAGUGGAGGACACAGAAAAAGACUUAGUGAAGAUGGCAAAGCGCUUGAAGAAAGAGAAAGUCAACGUUGAUAUUAUUAACUUUGGAGAGGAGGAGCUAAACACAGAGAAGCUGACAGCCUUCAUUAAUACGCUGAAUGGCAAAGAGGGUGUGGGCUCCCACUUGGUCACAGUGCCUCCAGGCCCCAGUCUCGCUGAUGCUCUUCUGUCUUCUCCCAUCUUGGCUGGAGAAGGUGGUGCAGUAUUAGGUUUGGGAGCCAGCGACUUUGAAUUUGGAGUUGAUCCAAGUGCAGACCCUGAACUGGCCUUGGCUUUGAGGGUGUCGAUGGAAGAGCAAAGACAACGCCAAGAAGAUGAGGCACGCAGGGCAGCUGUGACUUCAGCCACAGAGGCAGGCGUUUCUGCCCCUGAAGCAGACGAAUCUGAGGAAACUCUUUUGAAGAUGUCUGUACCUCAGUCCGACGGGGGGAAAGCAGCUCUGCCAGACUUCAGCCGCAUGACGGAGGAUGAGCAGAUUGCUUAUGCUUUACAAAUGUCCAUGCAGGGAGCCGAUGAGUUUGGUGCUGAGGGAAUGGAUACAGGAGAGAUGGAUUCGAGUGACGUAAAGGAGGAGGAAGACUAUGACGUCAUGCAAGACCCAGAGUUUCUACAGAGCGUGCUGGAAAACCUCCCUGGAGUCGACCCGAGUAACGAGGCUAUUCGAAAUGCCAUGGGAUCUUUGGCAUCACAGACGCCCAAACCUGACCCCAAAAAGGAUGAAGAGAAAAAGAAAUAA